AUGUCUAGUCUACACGAAUCUGGCGAGGCCGCGCCCGACACCUUUGAGAAAUCGGAUAGACUCGAAGGCGAAAAAAAAGAAACUGGAUUCCCUGAAGGCGGAACCAGAGCAUGGAUGGCGGUAUUAGGUGCAUUUUGCGUGUCAUUCUCAACGUUCGGAUACAUGAAUGCCUUUGGGGUGUACCAAGAUUACUAUACCAAAUACACCUUGCGCUAUGAAACACCAUCUAAUAUCGCUUGGAUUGGGUCUGUUCAGAUCUGCUUCUUGUUUUCUGGCAGCCUCGUUGGCGGGCCGUUGUUCGACCGUUAUGGUGCUUCUAUUAUUCACAUACCGGCAAUCUCCGUGGUAGUCUCAGUGAUGAUGACCUCCCUCUGCAAAUCAUACUAUCAAUUCAUGCUCGCUCAAGGCAUCCUAGGUGGAAUCGCUUCCGGCAUAUUAUUUACCCCUGCCAUGACAUGUGUCAGUCAUUACUUUCAGAAACGACGUGCUGCAGCUGUCGGAGUGACUGUUUCUGGAUCAUCCAUCGGUGGUGUCGUACUUCCUAUUGCUUUGAGUAAGAUGUUGGCGAAUGAAACUCUGGGGUUUGGCUGGUCUGUCCGCAUCGUGGGGUUCAUAAUCCUAUUCAUGAUGUUGAUAGCAAUGGCCACCCUUAGAGGGCGUCUGCCUCCUCGCAGAGAUAGAAUUCUCCUACCCUCAGCUUUCACUCGUGUUCUUUAUACCUCUAUCACACUUGGGAUCACGUUCAUGAUGUGGGGCAUUUUCACGCCGUUCUUCUAUCUCCCGCAAUAUGCGCAUUCCCACAACAUGGAUUCGCAGCUUUCUUCCUACCUUUUGUCCAUUCUGAACGCUGCCUCAAUCUUUGGCAGAGUUCUGCCUGGCAUAAUUGCCGAUAAGGUUGGUCGAUUCAACGUCUUGAUUAUCAAUGGUUUCUGUACAGGGGUAUUACUUUUGUGCUGGAUUGCGGUCAAAUCAGAAGCUUCGAUCAUUGUAUUUGCGGUCUUAUAUGGUUACUUUUCAGGGGGGCUUGUUUCUCUUAUGUCUCCUUGUAUUGCACAGGCAUCUCCAAGUCCAGAUCAGAUAGGAACGCAUCUCGGGAUGUCCCUGGCUGUCGUUGGCAUUGCUGGUCUGACUGGAACCCCGAUAUGCGGUGCGUUACUUGAGAAAUAUGGCGAGUAUACACAGCCCGCUAUUUUCAGUGGCGUGAUGGUGUUUGUUGGUGUUGCCUUCGUCGUUGUGGCAAGAUUUUGUCUACGGACUAAAGUUCUGGCAAUCGUGUAA